UGGUGUUGUACAUCCCCCCAUAAGUCUGGUGUUAUGGUCUCCUCCUCUGGAAGGAAUUAUGAAAAUAAACUUUGAUGGAGGAGAUCUCAAGGGAAGCAAAUGCUCAAGCAUUGGCAUCGUUGUUCGAGCUUUGAAGGGGAAUUUUAUAAUAGGGUAUUGUCGAAAGUUAGAAGGUAUAGUAAGGGUUGAGCAUGUGGAGGCUGCAACUGCAGUUAGGCUCACAACGGGAGCAAGGUAUACAAAGAUCAUUCUUGAGGGAGAUUAUAGAGUGAUCACCAAUGGGCCUUUGGUCUAUUGGUACUCCUUGUCUUAUGAAGGCUUCGCCUUCUUGAGUUCAAGUCCCUUUCUCCCUCCCACAAAAAAAGAGUGA